AGUAUUUCCAAGCAUCAUACUCUAAGAUUUCGAUGCUCCACCAUUGCUGACCAAUUCCUCUUGUAUUCUUGAUUUCUUGCAUUGACCUUCGUUUCUUUGUUAACUUCUGUAAUUCAAAAUGUAUCGUACCACUAUGCGAUCGGCCUCGAGGCCUGUAAUUGCCAGCUUGCGCUCGAACACGAUCCGCGCAGCCCCUCGACGAUUUAACUCGACAGCUACUCCCGCCGACAAGUCCCGAUCAUGGAAGAGCUCUGUAGCACGAUUGGGUCUGGCUUUCGGUGCUGUCUAUUACUAUAACACAAGUCCCAUCUUUGCUGAUGAGGCUAUCUCAAAAACGGUUCCCGCACCCGCUGCCUUCUCCGAUGAUGACCUCCCCACCGUUGACUCCGUCCUCGAGGAGAAGCGCAAACAGAUCAGGGCCAAGAGCGAGAAGCCCGCCGAGUCAUCAAAACCCUCCGAGCCUCAACAGUCCAAUACUCAAGCCGCUGCCGCCGAUGGAUCGCCUGCUGCCUUAGAAGAGGAGGCCGACCAGCAAGGCGCUUUCAACCCCGAGACUGGAGAGAUCAACUGGGACUGCCCUUGCUUGGGUGGUAUGGCCCACGGCCCCUGCGGCGAGGAGUUCAAGACUGCGUUCAGCUGCUUUGUGUACUCGACCGAGGAGCCCAAGGGUAUGGACUGUAUCGAGAAGUUCCAGGGCAUGCAAGAGUGCUUUAAGAAAUACCCAGAAAUCUACGGCGCUGAGCUCGCCGAUGACGAGGAGGGUGCUCCCACUCCCGAUUUUGGCGAUGAGCAGCCCGCCCCCGACGCUCGCAAGGCUCCUGCUACCGACAAGGCCCCCGCUACCGACUUCAAGUCCCUCCCCGAAGAUUCCUCUGCCGCAGCUAAGCCCGAUCAACAAGCCACUCCCCGAGCGACUUCCAAUGAAGCCGAGAAGGAAACCCUCGUUAACAGAUCCCGAAAUGUUCAGGAUGUCGCUACCCCCAUAGAGAAGCCACACAACCCAGAAUUGUGGCAGGAUAUGCACAAGACCGAGGUCCCCGUAAAGGAGGUUUUCGUUGAGCCUUCACAGGCGCAUGAUGCUACUGCUGCCAAUGCUGAGAUCAAGAUUAUUGAGCAGGAGAAGGAAGCUAAGAAGAAGGCUGAGAAGAAGCAGUAGAAGGUGUAAAAUAUCGGCGCUGUUAAGGUGAAGAACUACAUUUUGUAAAAUAUUUAGGAUCUUGAUAAUGGACGAGGUUGUCCAUCUGUACCAAUGCUGUAUGAUGAGAAGGGACAGAAGCCACGAAAUUAAUAGACACGAUCACAUCUCAA